AUGACAGACUCCAAACCCAACGCGCCUCGGCUGCAGCCUCGGAAACCAGCGCUGAGGGGAGAAAAACGCACACCGCUCACGCAUUUCCUCUGUCUGCCGCUGGUGAACGCCUCUUCGCUGCCGCAGCUGGAACAGUCGCUUGUGGCAUUCAAAAGGACUCAUCCCCCGGUCCAUGGCUCGGCACCUGCAGGAACGCAGCCCGAAGAUGCACCGAGUGCGCUUAUUCCGGAUGGUGCCGUGCGACCUGUCGGCACGCUUCAUCUCACCCUCGGGGUGAUGAGUCUUCCGACGCGGGAGCGGCUCGCUGAGGCAGUGGCCUUUUUCCACUCGCUGGAUCUUGCUGGCCUUAUGCACGAGGCGGAGCGAGUCGCUGCUCAGAAGCGAGCGAAAUCAACGCGCUCACAGCCUUCACCUGCUGCUUCGAAACCUGGUCAUCACGAUGGCCAGCAUCUCGCCCACCCUGGGUCAGAUACGACGCAACCGCUCACCGUCUCCCUCGAAUCAUUGCAUGCGCUUCCACGCGCCAAAGCCGCAACAGUCUUGCAUGCGUCUCCCGUGGAUACCACAGCACGCUUAUACCCGUUCUGCGUGAUGCUGCGAGACAAGUUCCUCGAGGCAGGGUAUUUGGAAGGCGAGUCGAAAGACAAGCAGCCAGACAAUAAACAUUCUGAAAUUCCACAAGGUUCCCAAGAUGAAUUACAUGUCAACCCCAACAAAUCGCAAGCAAUAACCCACUACAACGAGCCGGUAGCAGAAACUCACCCUCUGCUCGAGGAGCUCCCAACACACCUUGCCGAAGAGGCAGCAGCAGCACAAAUAGUCACAUCUCGACCCUCCUCCCACGCUCAACAACAUGCGCCAGCUCAGCCAAAGCUAUUAGAUCCUUACACAGCAGCGCUGAUGCGCAAACCGAAACCGCGCCCGCUUUUGCUGCACGCCACGCUCGUGAAUACAAUCUACGUCCGAGGACGACGGCGCGGCGAAGACGGAAGCAACCCCGGAAAAACGAACGGGCCCCGCAAACAACAGCCAAAUAAUGGCUCCAAGCGUCUUUUCUUCGAUGCUCGCGAUCUGCUUUCUCGGUAUCGGGACUACUAUGCCGACGAGGAACGGACGACGCCUCGUGCGGCUGGGUUCAUAGCCGCUUCUUCUUCUGAUGCUGAUACUAUUGGCGAGGCUGAGACGAUAGAAGCAACAGAGCACGAACCCUUGAAUAACGAUUCUCCAUCGGGGUCUCCAUCCAUCUCUACCGAAUCCUGCGAGGGAACCGGCUCCAAGCGCAAAGCCCCAUCCUCAACACCCCCGCAAUAUCCAUUCGUCUGGGCAAAGGAUAUCCUACUGGACUCGGUGUGUAUCUGUGAAAUGGGGGCGAAGAAGCUGAGCACCGAGUCAAACCCCAACAAUGGUGAUGAUGGUCUCUCCCAAAGUCACGAGCUGAAUGCCCGACUGGGAGAAAAGUAUACCGUCGUCGUGCAACGGAGUCUGGAUUUCUCGCGGGGGUCGCCUCGUCCGGUGUCAUCGGCUUCGAGUGGGUUGACUGAGGGCAGUGUGGAUGGGGGUGUACAUCUGGGCUGA